AUGAUUCAUUUUUAUCAUGAAAAUCUAUUUGAAUUAUCCAAUGAAAAUUUAACUGUUCAAUUUAAUUUAUCUAAUGGACAAAUAACAUCAUUUAAUUAUAAAUCCCAAUUAAUAACAAUAGAAAAUGAAACAAGUUUUAUUUUUAUCAAUAAUAUUCGAAUUGAUUGUUCAAAAUUAAUAAAUUUCAAAGAAGAUGUAAAUUCAAUUAAUUUUACUUAUUCUUGUUUAAAUGAAACAAAUUCUCAACUAACUAUAAUCUAUACAUUAAAAUUUCAAUGGGAAUUUCUACAAAUACAAAUUUAUUUUGAAAAUAUUGAUAAUAAAAACAUAACAUCAAUUGAAACAACAUUUACUCUGACGAAUAAAAUAAUUCCAUCUGUUUCGAUUAUUCGAAAUCGACAAGAUUUAAAUAAAGAACAUACUAUUUUCUUACGAACUAAAUUAAAUACAUUAGGAAUAUUUUCUACAUGGCAACAUCCAUUUGGUCAUUAUUCUAUUACAUCAAAUAAUCAAACAGUAAUAAGCUCAUAUCAAAUAGGAAUAAAUAGAUCUUUUUUAAGUGAAGGUUUUCUUAUUGGUUUUUAUCAAUUAUCUUCAUAUUGGCAUAAUAAUGAUAUUAAUUAUGCUGAAAGAGAAGCUUAUGAAAAAGCAACAAGUUUUUUCUAUCCUGUAUCACAACGUAAACAAUCAAUAAAACAUGCAGGUGGCUGGGAUAGUAAUGAUUAUCAAAUAGACAUCUCAACAUUACAUGAUAUUGAUCAAUAUAAACGUUUAAUUGAUCGUUGUGCACAACUUGGAAUAAAUAGUCUAACAUUUGCACCAUCAAAUACAAAUGUAUCAGAUCGUCAAGAGGCCACUGACGAUUGGGACUGGGAAUCUGUUUUAUGGUUAUCAUUAGGUGAGAAAAUUCGUUUAGAACAAUGGAAACCUUAUCAUGAUUCAAUACCUUUAACAAUUCAACAAAUGUUAGAUUAUGCACAAUUAAAACAAAUAAAAUUAGUUCCAUAUGUUUAUCCACCAUUAGGUUAUCGAUCGAAAGGAAAAGAUCAAGCUUGGCUAUUUCCAAGUUCACAUUGUAAAAAUGUUUGUACAUCUCUAGCAAGUAUAGAAUUUCAACAAUAUUUUUUACAAUUAUUAAUUGAUUUUGCACAAAUUACAGGUAUUGGUGGAUAUGCAUGGGAUUAUAAUUUUUAUUAUGAUACUGAAAAUACAGAAUAUAGUCAAUGGCGUGGUUGGCAAUGGACUCGUACCGAAUUACUUGUUGCAUUACCAUAUUUAAUUAUGGAUCAUCGUUAUGCAUCACAAUAUGAUGGUCCUUGGUCAUGGAUUACUUUAAAUGGUUAUACAUCACCUUUAUUAAGUGAUGAAAAUCCUGAAACAUAUCCAAUAUUAUAUCCAUCUUUACAUACUGAUAAAAUAUCUGCAGAUUUUAUGCGUCAAGGAAAUGUGGAACUACGUUUGGAACAUUUCGCAUCAAUGAAUUGUAUUCUUGGUUUUAUUGGACAUCAAACAGAACGUUAUUCAUCCAAUGGAAGUUUACCAUGGAUAGAUAAUAAUUUAAGAGAUUUUGAUUUAAUGGGUUUUUCAUAUUCAUUAUUAUCGAAUAUAGCAACAGCUGGUUUAAAUCUUAUUCAUACAUAUAUACCAGCACGUGAUUUACAAGAAUUUUAUUUAUUACCUGAAAUUUUUUUAGAAUUUUGGUCUUAUUGGUUAAAAUGGACAGAUGAACAUAUUGAAGAAAUACAUAAUAGUAUACCAUUUAAUAUCGAACAAGACUGGUCUUUAAUGAAAUCAAAUGGUUUUGAUGGAUAUUUAUUUUUAUUUAAUCCAUAUUAUAAACAAGUUCAUAGAAAAAUUUUAUUUGAUGGAAAAUUAAAUAUUAAAAAUCCCCAAGAACAAGGUUAUUGGUUAUUAAAAGAAAUUUAUCCACAAGAAAGAUUUAUAUUAUUUAUAGAAUAUAAUCAAACCAAUGAAUUUUUAUUAGAUGGUCAAUCUGUUUCAAUUUAUCAAUUAAUAUUUAUUUCAAUAAUUGAUCAACCAAUUCUUGUUGGUAUUAGUGGACAAGCUUUUUUAACAAAUAAAAAUAUAUUAAUUAUUGAUGGAGUUUAUGGUGAAGCUGGUACACAAACAAAUAAUCCUAUAUCUAUUAUUUUACCAAAUCAAGAUCUGAUAUUUAAUGUAUUAUUAAAUGGAAUAGAAAAACGAUUUAAACAAAACAAUCAUAUUAUUAUUUUAACUGAUCCUUUAUCAUUUUCUAGUUUAUAUUUACCACGUUCAGCAGAAAUUCUUAAUAAUACAAUAAUGAUUAGUGAUUUAUUAUUGAAACAAUUAGUGAAACGUCAAUUAGAAUAUUCUAUUCAAUGGACUGAAAAAGAAUUAAAUGAUGCAUCAUGGUUAGGACCACAUCGUCUUUUGUUAUUUAUAUAUAUUUUAAAUCCAAAUGAUCAAUGGAAUAUAACUGCUCAAAUCAAUAAUAAUUCAAUUAUUGUACAUAAAAGUUAUAAUACACGUGAUCAUUAUUAUCAACAACGAUUUAUCGGAUUCUACUUAAAUUUAACAAAUAUUGUUAUACAACCCAAUGUUCAAUACUAUUUAUCAUUAAAUAUGCCACACAUGCAACCAGGACAAUUUCAAGGAUUAUUUUUAGAAAAUAUUGAAAGAAUUCUUAUUGAAGCAUAA